GGGGUGCCAUUGGAGUAUACCCGACCCAUGGGUGUCAUUCCUUCGGCUGAGAUUAUACCCUAAAUAACCUGAUCCGGGUCAUACCGGCGGAGGGACUGCUGUGCUCGAUUGAUGCAUGUAGAACGUAUAGUGAUCCUGUGACUGCAAUGUGUGUGUCGACUUGUGAUGAGUUUAACCGUGGUUGUGGAACGUCCUACAGAUUUUUGACAGCGUCACCAUGGCCCCUCAAUUGAAGAAAACGACGUUUUUGCUCAACUGGUACUCCAACCCGUACCACACGCCCAUCUUUGUCGCCAAGAAGCGCGGCUUUUACGAGGAGGAAGGCAUCGAUUUGGCCAUCAUGGAAACGACCAACCCCAGCGACGUGACUGAAAUCGUCGGUUCAGGCGCCGUCAACUUGGGGUUGAAGGCCAUGAUCCACAUCCUGGCUGCCAAGGACCGCGGCAUCAACUUGACCUCGAUCGGGUCGUUGUUGGACGAACCCCCGACCGGGCUCAUCUUCAAGGCCAGCCAAAACAUCACCAAGUUCACCGACAUUGUCGGCAAGCGCGUGGGAUACAUUGGUCACUUCGGCAAGGUCAUGAUCGACGACUUGGCCAAGCAAGCCGGCUUGGCCCCUGACUCGUACACCACUGUGCGUGUGGGCAUGAACGUGACGGACGCCAUCUUGCGCGGCGACAUCGACACUGGUAUUGGCUUCACCAACUUCCAGCGCUUGGAACUCGAAGAAUUGAGCGGCGAACCUGCCGGCAUGUUGCGCAUUGACGAAUGCAACGGCUUGGGCUGCUGCUGCUUUUGCUCGGUGAUGUUCGUCGCCUCGGACGCGUUUUACAACGCGAACAAGGAGUUGAUUGCCGGCUUCAUGCGCGCCACCCGCCGCGCCAUGGACAUCACGAUCGAAUACCCCGAAGUGGCCUGGGAAGACAUGUGCAUCAUGAACCCUCGCCUGCGCUCCACCAAGCGCCUUGUCCAAGUGGACGUGGAAGGCAAGAGCGUGUCUGUGCCCACUGGCAGCGACGUGUACGAGAAGAUCUUUCAACGCACGUUGCCCUACUUCUCGCGCACCCUGCUCAACGUCGAUCGCGACUGGAACAAGGUGGGCAACUUCUGCAAGUACUUGCACGUGCUCGAAAAUGACGUCGACCAAAACUCGGUGUGGACCAAUGAAUUGGUGCCUUCCAUGGGCAAGCCCAGCGUCGAACCCAUCACCCCCGGCGGCGUGUUGAACAUUGCGUAAAUGCUGCGUCCAUGAUCCGUUUUGAACCUCGUCGCAUGCAUCCACUCGUUGCCCUCCACUUGACACUGUAAAAAAGUACAACAUUUUUGCAAAGACUUGCUCCUUUUAUGUCACGAUGUAUGGUUUGGUCGAAAAAGGCCACACUCCAUCGCAGAAAUCAGAGUUUUUGAGAAUAAAAUGAAUAUAAAACAUACAAACAUCAAG